ACAGCACCAAGCUCCUCAGCUCCCAGGACUAUCUCCAGUGGCCCAGCUACAACCACCAGUGGCCCAGCAACAGGCACAGCACCAAGGUCCUCAGCUCCCAGGACUAUCUCCAGUGGCCCAGCAACAGACACAGCACCAAGCUCCUCUUCUUCCAGGACUAUCUCAAGUGGCCCAACAUCAGACACAGCACCAAGCUCCUCUUCUCCCAGGACUAUCUCCAGUGGCCCAAGUCCCACCACCAGUGACCAAGCAGCAGGCACAGUACCCAGGGCCUGUCCUACCAGGACUAUCUCUAGUGGCCCAUCUUCUACCGCCAGUGGCCCAGCAGCGGCAGGCACAGCACUCAGUCCCUCCGUUCCCAGUGGCCCAGGCCCCACCAGCAGUGGCCCAGCAGCCAGCAUCUGUGGCCCACCAGCAGAGAAUGAAGAUGCAGGUCUCAGAGGUGAUCAUGGAAGGUGAGCUGGAGAAGAGAAGUGACAACCUGCUGCAGUUCUGGAGGAAGAAGCUCUGUGUGCUGACCAAGGACAGCCUCAGCAUGUUUGCUGAUGGCCAGAAGAAGACCAAGCGCAAGGAGCUGAAGUUCCAGUCCAUCAAGAAGCUGGACUGUGUGGAGAGGACAGGCAAAUACAUCUACUUCACCAUUGUCACCACGGACAACAAGGAGAUAGAUUUCCGCUGCCCGGAUGACAGCUGCUGGAACGCUGCCAUCACCAUGGCCCUGAUAGACUUCCAGAACAAGACGGCCAUUCAGCACUUCAGGUCUCGCCAGAACAGUGAGAGGCGGGUGGCCCCAUGUGUGUGACCCCAGCCGCACCCACAGCACAGUAUCCAUUAAUUAUGGACCAAAUGGAAGAAGCCGGCAGCUGGUGGCUCGGGGGAACUGGACGCGCUCCCUAACAAAGACAAAGCAAGUUAAACAAGAUUUGUUUGAGCUUUGCUCGCUGGAGCCUAACCAGAGGAGCUGACGAUUGAUCGACGAUGAUGGAAGAUCCUCACUAUUUGCCUAGUGUUAUUUAUUUAUCCGCGGAAAAGCCUUAUGAAAUAUCAACCGGAUGCAACCGGAUAAUUUAUUAUAUAGUACUUGUCUAUAUAUUUCUAUUUAUUUCAGCUUUCUCUCUUAAUAUAUAUAUAUAUAUUUUUAUUAUGUUCAUUUUGGAGACCAGUAAUUUCUGAAUAAAUGUAAUUUGAAAUGCUAACUUAUUGUAUUAAAAUGUUUUUUUUAUAUUA